AUGGCUGCAAACGUUAUAUUGCUGUGGCAGCUUCUUUCCGGUGGAGGAGCUUUGUACCCUUUUGUGAAGCUUUGGAAACCUGGAAUAGUAGUAAGUCUUUUCGAGAGGAUUAUGAGAAGAGAUUUUAUCUUCUCUGCCAAUCAACAGAUGAAUAGGGAUGGACGAAUGAGUAACUACAACAAGAAGCCUAUUUUGUUGGUUGAGAAAGCGUUCCCACCUGAAGCCAAGUUGAUGAGAAGACGGAACUCAAAAACAGCUCAAAAAGCUGUUAUCAAGGCCCAGAAGGAAGCUGAGAAGAAACUCAAGGAUCGUGAAAAGAGAGCAAAGAAGAAAGCUGGCUUGUCAGGUGAUGUUCCAGAGGAUGAGGAACAAACUGAAGCUGUUACUAUGAUGCUGGUGAUGCAGAGAAGGCAGAAGAAACAGUUGUACUCCAGCACCAUCAAAGAGACAAAGAAAUGA